UUGAGCCACAGCAGGAGGCAGACCAUCGUGUCACGGUCUAUAGAAGGAAUUCUGAAGGAGAUGUGUGUGCUGAUGGAUGGAUACUGAAUAUACUGAAUGCAUGGAUGCUUGGAUAGACAGAUCGCUGUGUUCUCUAAAUGAAGGAUGGUUUUUAGUCUUUUGGUCAACUGUAAAUGCUGCAGCAAUCCUUCUGCAUGUCUAUGGUUGUGUUUGUUUUUCCUGCAGUUUAGGUUGAGUUGCUGCACUUGCCACACACCCAAUAUUAACACCCGAGGGUUUUGAGUUUGAGUUUGCAGAAUUAUUUAACAUUUUAUUUCUGAGACAGUGAGACAGUUUCCCUGAAGCCCUGGUUUUAUAUAAAUAUAUAUGUCAUUUUUUUCCCCUUUAAGGCCAGAUAACAGUGUCUGUUUUUAAACUUUUCCAUCUUUCUUUUUUUUUUGUCCCCAGCCAUGUUGGAGGUUCUUGCCAAGUUGAAACACAGGGUUUGUGACUAUAUUUAGGCCAGUGAAAAAUGUGCCUCUUGACAUCUGUCCUCAAGCCAAGCUGCCAUAUUUACUCUUCAGUCAUAUUUAUCUUUGGUCUGCCAUCUCCAAAUUUACCAAAACCAAAAUGGUUUAAACCAAAAAAAUCGUGUGCACGCUUGGGUUGGGCUGCUUGAAGGCAGACGUUCAACUGGAUUUUGAUGUCUGUUUUUUAACUAGCAUGUCUUCUGUUUUUAAUGAGAACCCGGCCCACUGGGGGCGUUCACUGAUUGUCAGGGUGUAUGGACAGUCAUUAUGUCCAAGAAGGAAGAAAUUGAUUGUGUGCUGCAGAGUCUAGGCGGGUCACGAGUGGCUCAUCUGCAACAUAUUGACUCAAGGGACUGCAAACAUGUUCACAUUAAAGUGCUUACACAGUAAACUGCCUCGCAGACACACACAUCUAGACUUUGUACUUAGGAUGCGUGUGUGUUUGUGAUUGCGUUUUUUAUGAAUGCGUGUGGUUUUUAAAGUAAUUGGAAAAAGCCUGUGUGGGUUAUUUGAAAAGAUGCAGUGUGGUGGCACCGCUGGACCCAGAGAACACCGGUUUCAUUGCAGUGGAGAACUUUACCAGUUUGGUGGAGCACCAUGAGCUGCAGCUGGAUCCAUCCAAGCUGGACAUGCUGUUAGCCCUCGUCCAGAGCAAUGAAGACGGGCAGGUGUGCUACCAGGAGCUCAUCGAGUUGAUGAGCAGCAAACGCUCCAGCAGUUUCCGACGAGCCAUCGCCAAUGGCCGCCGCACACUGCAACGGGAGAUCCUUCUGGACGAGACGGGGUUGGGUCUUUAUAAACGUUUCGUCCGUUAUGUGGCCUACGAGAUCCUGCCCUGCGAAACUGACCGGCGCUGGUAUUUCCACCAAAACCGCCUGUGUCCCCCGCCCGUCUUCAUCGCCAUCGUCACCAUCGUCCAGAUUAUUGUCUUCAUGUGCUACGGCAUCAUGCUAAACAAGUGGGUCCUGCAGACCUAUCAGCCUGACUUCAUGAAGAGCCCCCUGGUCUACCACCCCGGCCACCGUGCACAAGUGUGGCGUUUCUUCAGCUACAUGUUCAUGCACGUCGGUUUGGAGCAGCUGGGCUUCAACGCUUUAUUACAGCUGAUGAUCGGCGUUCCCUUAGAGAUGGUCCAUGGCAUCCUACGAAUAAGUCUGCUUUACAUGGCAGGAGUGCUGGCCGGCUCGCUGACAGUGUCCAUCACCGACAUGCGUGCUCCAGUGGUGGGGGGCUCCGGGGGGGUCUACGCUCUGUGCUCAGCACAUCUGGCCAAUGUCGUCAUGAACUGGGCCGGGAUGCGCUGUCCAUACAAGCUGCUCCGCAUGAUCCUGGCGCUAGUUUGCAUGAGUUCAGAGGUGGGUCGUGCAGUCUGGCUCCGUUUCUCGCCGCCGUUGCCCUCCUCCGGACCGCAGCCCAGCUUUAUGGCACACCUGUCGGGGGCUGUGGUCGGCAUCAGCAUGGGCCUGCUGAUCCUGCGCAGCUACGAGGAGAGUCUGCAGAAACAGUGCUCCUGGUGGGUCAUCGUCUUCUCCUUCAUCACCUUCCUUCUCUUCGCCAUCUUUUGGAACAUCUUUGCGUAUGAGCUCCUGGGGGUACAGAUACCACCUCCCCCCUGAUGAUGGGCCCCACCCUCCCCCCUGCGGUCAUAUACACGGUGACUUCAGAGGUUCCCCUUCGACCAUAGUUAACUUUACAUUUCCUCUCAAGUUCGACCCAAAUGAAAUCAUCUAAACUAAAAAUCGACCAAGAAUCCUUUUUACAAAUACUUUGCAAAUCAAAGAAAUAUGUCUCUUUUAUUAAAGAGGGAUUACAGUAGCAAGACGUACAGGUGAAAGGUCCUCAGAUCCAUUUUGAGGAGCCUAAUAUCAUUUUUAUAUAUAUAUAUAUAAAUAUAUAUACGAAAAAAGCUCAUCCACAUUACCAGCACUAACCUUUCAAUGAGCAUUUAACCAUUGUGCUCUUUUACUAUCAGAAGCUUUUUUUUUGAAAA